AUGCCUCCGCCAUCUACAACGACGACGGCGACUAGUCACAAUGACACUCCGGCCUCACUGGCUCUGACUACUGCUCUCAUGAGCAAGCUGAAGCCUGCGAAGGUGUUCAAAACUGCCGUCGAGCCUCAUACGCCGCCUUCACCUGGUCAGGGUUCGCGUUCGCCCCAGGCACAGCAGGGCCCAAGGCACAUUACAGGACUGAGCUUUGAUGAUAGAGGAGACCAGGUAAUUACUGCUGGGGAAGAUGAGACAUUCCGGCUGUAUAGCUGCAAAUCCGGCAAGCGAGUGAAAAUUCUGUACUCCAAGAAGUAUGGAGUAGACCUCCCCCGAUUCACGCAUAAAAACACUGCGAUCCUGCAUGCCUCCACGAAGGAGGAUGAUACCGUCCGCUACCAUUCCCUACACGACAAUAAGUACCUACAGUACUUCAAGGGUCACAAAGGACGCGUCAUCUCCCUCGAGAUGUCUCCAGUAGAUGACGGAUUCAUGUCCGGGUCGCUGGACAAGACCGUACGUCUGUGGGACCUCCGCUCACCGAAUUGUCGCGGAUUGCUCAACCUCCCCGCGUCACCUGUGGUCGCAUACGACGCGUCAGGGCUCGUGUUCGCUGUUGGAAUCAACCAAUACUCUCGUAUACUGCUCUACGACCAAGCUAACUUCGACAAGGCACCUUUCUUGACGAUCACUCUCGAGGAUCCCACUUUGUCCAAAGUCACCUUCCCGCCCCGCGCGAUCUACAUGACAUCUCUCGCCUUCUCGACAAACGGCAAAUAUCUCCUCGUCGGCUGUUCAGGCGACGCGCACUACCUUAUGGACGCGUUCGAAGGGCACUUGCUCGCGAAGCUCGUGGGACACGUGGGGCUUGAGCGCCGGCGACCGGAUGCACCUCUCUCCAUAGAGCCCCAGCGCGGUUGCAGUGGGGAGGAGGUAUCAUGGACUCCCGACAGCAGGUAUGUGCUGAGUGGAAGCGCAGACGGGAAGAUCGUCUUGUGGGACGUCUCAAUCCUGCCGGCGAAACAAGGCCCAAUCAACACGAAGGCGGAGCCGCUCGUCAUUCCUCCCGCCGCGGUGUUAGAGGGACACCCCGGUCCAUCGAGAUGCGUGAAGUUCAAUCCAAGAUUGGCAAUGAUGGCUUCGGCAGGGGCAGAGCUUGCGUUCUGGCUGCCGGACCAGGCUGGAGAUCCGGAAGAGCUUGCAAAGGAGCUCCUAAAGAAAAAGUGAUCAUUCCUGGUUUGGGGGCCCCUUGCGGGUCAUUGUGUACGUUGUAGGUUCCAGUUCGAUCGCAGAAUAUCCAAUCGUCACCUCGCUAGUCUGUGUU